AUGAUUUCUGUGAGAGCACUCGAUCACUUGCGACUGCAGUUUUGCGGUGAGGCUGUGCCUAUUAGUGAUGAUAAUAACACGAAAGCACCUUCAACAAGCGGUGAUGAGGAGGAUAUUCAGAAGGAGACAGUAUCACGACUCAUCCACAGAACAUCAAAGGACGACAACAGCUUGAUCGCAGUCAAUACCGAGAAUGAGCUCUUUCGACUCCCAGCAGAACUCCAACUCAUGAUCCUGCAGCAUCUCACAUUCGGCGAAGUUGAGAGUCUCCGACGAACAUGUCGUCUCCUCCGCUACACAAUCAACAAACCUUUCAUCCGAGAAGUCUUCCCCAGCAUAAAAUUCGAACUCCUCUCAACAUGCUUUCGCUGUCUUCGCUACGACGCGAUGAGAGAUCACCUCAUCCAUGCCGAUGAGUCUGACGCGAGAUACCCUCUGGCCAACGAAUGUCUCGACUGUGUUUCUUCAAGAGGAGGUUUUGUCGUGGGCCGUCAACUUUCUCAUGGCAUGCUGGGUGUUUUGCUUGAGUAUGAAAUGGGAAUCUUUGGGCUUUGGAUUCCGCCCCUUACGGGUGUUGUCAGGACCAUGGGGAAUAGAACCGAGGGAGUUCGAGCAGCAGACAUUGCAACAAUCUUUUUCAUUGCUUGCAACAUGUUAUUCCGUUUCAUCAACGCUCUUGGAAACACUCUCCUUGUCUCCGAAUACAAGCUCUGGCGCCGCUACAUGCCAAAUCAAUCAAGGUCAGCUCGAAUUCUCAACAAAGUCACUGCGUUCCUCAUCUUCUGGACGUACCCACCAAGCAUUGAGCAAAAGUUCCCGGGGAAAUGGUGGUUUUCCAGACAGAAUGCUUAG